AUGAAGAUGCCCAAGCUUUUCGAGGAUAAGGCCAUGUUUAUGGCCAAACUAGUCAUUGCUCUUCGAGUCGUCCAAGGCAUCUUUGCUUUGCUAGUGUUGGGCCUUUCGGCAUCUGUCAUCCACUGGUACCAAACCAAGACAAUCAUCUUCUCACCCGUUGAGUUCAACUUCCUCGUGUUCAAUUCCGUCUGGUCGCUACUCUCGCUCGCCGGCUUAUACUGCCUGCCAUGGCUCAUCCCACGGAUCCAACAUCACUACAUCACCUUCCCCCUCGACAUGUCCAACGCGCUCUUCUGGCUGUCCGGCUUCGCCGCGCUGUGCGCCUUCUUCGGCCGACUGCACUUCUGCCGUGGGUCAAUCUGCCAGGCCGCCCGGGCUGACGUCGCGUUCACAUCCUUCAGUUUCGCGCUGUGGACGGUCUCGGCGGUGUCGUCGACGCUCGCGCUGUACAAGUCGAAGCGCGGAUCGGGCAAUCAGCAGCAGGAGGGGGCGGCGGCCGAGAAAGGGGAGGAAACAAACAAAGAAGCUGCCGGGAUAAAGCCGGCGUCAGCAGAGCAAACUGACGCGGCUGCUCAAUCUGCUUAG